CAGAUUUCAAUGAGAAGGUCGAUAACAUACAACUAAACUCUUGGCCUAUUCUCGUUUAGCUAGAUGUAAGCCAAUGGCUGUCAAUUCGGUCGCGGAGUAAAAAUAAGGUAUGAUGCUUAAUUGGGAUGAUCAUUGAAGCUCCGAGUUUUCACUCCCCAAUUAGGGAAUUCACCUUGGCUUUUGUUUAGAUCAUGACAUUCCCCAGAGUUAAUGUAUUAAAACACGUUUGUUUGAAUGGUGGAAAUACUCGGGGCUGUUUCAUCUACAUGCUACCGGCCCUUGUCAGUUAGUGUCUAUUCAACGUCGUCCUCAUCGUUAUAUAAGACGGCAGUCUUUCACGAUAGGAUGUGAUCGUCAAGCUUCUCAACCCCAGAAGUUGGAUCAUCCGGUCAUAUCCCCAUAUAGCUUGAAAGAUAUUCAACAUGCAUUUCUUCUACUCUCUUCUCGCCACUGCUGGCCUGGCUGCUGCCCACGGUUUCGUUGAGACUGGUACAAUUGGAGGCCAGACCUACCAAUUUUACAACCCCUACACUGAUCCUUACAUGAACCCUGUUCCCAAGCGUAUCUCCCGCCCAAUUCCAGGCAACGGACCUGUUGAGGAUGUCACCUCCAUCGAUAUGCAGUGCAACGGCUACACUGCUGGUGGUAUCAAGGGAAGCUCACCUGCUGCUCUUCACGCCGAUGCUAAGGCUGGAUCAACUGUCAACCUGAAGUGGACUCUCUGGCCUGACUCCCAUGUUGGACCUGUUAUCACUUACAUGGCCCGUUGCCCCGACUCGGGCUGUGAUACCUGGGAGCCUGGUACCCAGAAGGUUUGGUUCAAGAUUCAGGAGGCUGGACGUGACGGAACUAGCAACAACUGGGCCACCAGCCCCUUGAUGAAGUCUGGCAACUCAGGUGUCAACUACACCAUCCCCGAGUGCAUCAAGCCUGGCUAUUACCUUGUCCGCCACGAACUCAUCGCUCUUCACUCCGCCACUGGAUACCCCGGAGCUCAAUUCUACCCUGGCUGCCAUCAGCUCAAGGUCUCUGGCUCUGGUAGCACAACUCCUUCAAACCUCGUUGCUUUCCCCGGAGCAUAUGCCAGCACCGACCCUGGUGUUACCUACAACCCUUACCAGGGUGAGUAUUCUUCCGUCUGA